CCAUCUUUAUUGACUCGCGUUUUCUGUCUGUAUUUAAUUUUUUGUUGUUUUAAAGUAAACUUUGUGUUAUGUCAGUGUUUAGCUGUUUGACCAUUAUUUGUCCGGCGCUAACUUAGCCAUAAUGAAAAGAAGCAAGCAAGCUGAACCCAUUGCGAAUGCUUAGAUGAUCGUUAAAUGCUGUUUCAUGCUACUAAAACGAUUAAUAUUAUUAAUGUAAGUCAAUUUGUUUUAACCAGUGGUGAGACACGCUACAACAGGGAAAAACUGCUCCAAGGACAAGGGGUGGACACACAUCUAUCAGAAACAGGAAUACAGCAAGCGGAGGCGGUGGGACAGUACCUCAAAGGCAUCAUGUUCAGCAAAGUGUUUGUCAGUAACCUGCAAAGGGCUGUGCAAACAGCUGAAGUGAUUCUGCAGAACAACACUCACUGUUCUGGCAUGGAGAUGGUUCUAGAGCCUUUACUGAGAGAACGGGGUUUUGGUGUUGCUGAAGGUCGUCACAAGGAAGAUCUGAAGAACAUGGCCAACGCUGCUGGUCAGUCGUGUCGGGAUUACACACCGCCAGGAGGAGAAACUUUAGAUCAGGUGAGGCUGAGAUUCAAAAAAUUCCUCAAACUCCUUUUUAAACAAAUACUGGACGAGUACGCCUCAUCGGCCCAGGAUGGCUCUGCAGAGGAAGGACCACCUGGGACAGCAGCUGUUGCUCCGGACAUCUCCUCCAACAACUCAGCUUUUGAUGGUCUUCAGGGAGUUCCCGUCCAAGUUUUGGUUGUGAGCCACGGUGCUUACAUUCGUGUAGCCCACAAGCACUUUGUGGAGGACUUAAUGUGUGCACUACCCGCUGGUGUGAAGGUGUCACAGCUGCUUUCACCCUGUCCCAACACGGGCGUCAGUCGCUUUCUUCUCACUCUGAGUCAAACCGAGUCUGGGCCGGUACUUUCUGCUGCUCGCUGCAUUUUCACCAACAGGAAGGACCACCUCCCAGCUGCUGAGUAGGGUACAGGAUCACUGAAUCAAAAAGUUUUAUUUGUGGGAAACAUGUACAAGGAAAGUGAAACUUUCAUAGACGUAAAAGUAAAAGACCUCACAAGUUCAACAUGAAUAUGUAUCCGCUAAACUUCAAGCUGGUAAAGCGGUGAUUGUAAUACCUCCUUUUCUCAUCUAAUACCAAAGUUGAAACUAUUUAUCUGCGUACCCUUCAGCACCAUUUUCACCAUGAUGUGAUGAGUUGCUGCUUGUUUUACUUGUGCAAUAUAAAGUCAAACUGUGACUGUUUAAAGUGUCUGUAUGAGGUCAUAGAAAACUGACUAUGAAUAAGUUCUACAAGACACACAGUA